AACGUUAAAUAUAUAUUAUACGUUCUCUGCACACACAUACACAAAGAUGACAAUACGCGUAUUAUACUAUCGAUCAAGUGAAAUAUUUAUGUGAUUUAGCGUUAUUAACUAAAUAUAAAACAAAAUAUAGUGGAAGUAAAAACAAAUAUUCCAAUAAUGCAUGUGUACGAUUUAUGUCGCAUCUGUCUCACAGAGGACAUUAACACAAGCAAAAUGCAGCCUCUGUUCGAAACGGAAGAUGAUACAAGUAACGAUAUUGUGCAGCGAAUAGAAGUUUGUGGAGGAAUAGUCUUAAAGCCACACGAAGAGUUUCCCAAGAUGAUUUGCGAACAGUGUCUAGAAAAGUUGAAUGUUUCAUAUAAGUUUCGCUCCAUGUGUCAAGCAAGCGAGCACGCACUUUUGGAUGCUAUAGUAAAGUCGGAAAUGAAGACAGAACCAAUAGACUAUGAGGGCGCUCAAAUAAUAUCAAAACAUGAAGAAGAUAAUGAAGAUGAAAUGUACUUUGAUAUGCAUACAGAAUUUAUUGAUGCACAAGAAGUGCAUUUGGAAGAUAUAACGGAAACGGUUGAAGAAGAAGUGCUUGAAUCUGAUAUGGAACCCAACAAUGAAAGUGCUGAGGAAUUUAUUGAAUACACCGACAGUGAAUAUUUUGAAGAAGAAUUACCUAAAUCCAUAAUUAAAAAGACUGUAACGCCCACAUUUAUACAAAGGCAGCCAGUAACCAAUGAAAAUUCAGUUCGUAAACGUGGAAGACCGAAAACAAAACAGGAGGGAAUAUCAAUAAAAUCGGAAUUACAUUGUGGGAAGAAAUCAAAUCGGGGCAGAAAGAAGAAGGAGGAGCCAGAAAUUGCAAGUAUAAUGUGUGAAAUAUGCGGGAAUAUAUAUACCAAGCGUAAUUUGUUAAAAAUGCAUAUGCGGCGUCAUAUGGCCGAAAAGCCUUUCGAAUGCGAAAUUUGUGGUAAAACUUUUGCGUGCCCCUCUGAAAUUGGUCGUCACAUGCGUGUGCAUACUGGUGAAAAGCCAUACAUUUGUAAAUACUGUGGUCGAACCUUUGCUGAUCGGAGUACAAAUAUCAAACACGAAAGAAUACAUACAAAUGAACGUCCGUUCACUUGUCAGACAUGCGGUAAAUCGUUCACUUAUUCUAAUGUGUUGAAAAAUCAUAUGUUAACACACACCGGCGAAAAACCAUUCCCUUGUAUACCAUGUAAUAAGACAUUUUCACGCAAACAUCAAUUGGAUCAACACAUUGCAACAAUAACACAUCAGCAAACAGUGAGAAAUCUUGGUACAACGGACGUGAAAGUGCAACAUAUGCUACAAGAAGACGAGCCUAAUCAGCAUGUUGCCAACAUAAACCGCCAUCCAACCAUUCAUACAGUUAGCUCUACGAAUAUAAAAGUUGAACAUUUGUUACAACAAAUAAAUCCUAAUCAGCACAUAACAACACUCACAUCACAAGCUGCCAGAAAUCUUUCCGUUUCCCAAAUGAUCGAGGAAGACAUUGACCAAACAUGUGAAAGGCAUAUUGAAGAGGUAGAUGAGGAUGUUGAGCAUCAAGAUACGGAUGUAUACAUUAAUGCAGAAUAAUCUGUUUUUGAUUCGAUAUACAUUUGUUUAUUUCUUUACAUUUGAAUACCAACAUAUACAUAAUUAAAAUGUACUUUUAAGCAACUAUAUAUCUAGUAUGUAAACUGUAUACGUAGCGGUAAUGAUCUACUUGCAUAUGAAAUAAUUUUAUAAUUAAUGAAUUGUGUUUGAAGAACGCAUUUCAUUAAAUGAAUAACUGGAUUAAAAUAUAUGAUGUUGUAUGAUAGAUCCAAAAAUUACAA